AUGUCCUCCAAAACACCUCCCAAGUUUAUUCUUGGGACCUUCAGUGUCGGUGACCCCCAUACGUUCCCUGGAAUAGGAAUAGUACAUUUCCACACCGAAGAAGACGUGAAAGGACUAUUGGAUGCAUUCUAUAAGCGUGGCUAUAGAGAUGUUGACACAGCUCGCAACUAUGGUGAAUCUGAAGCGUGUCUCGGCAAGGCCGACGUUACAUCUCGGUUUACUGUUCACACAAAAGUCAGAAGUGGCCCACCUGGGGCACAUGAACCUGCAAAGAUCAAGGCAAGCAUCGAGGAAUCACUUGGCGCUCUUCAAUCAUCCAAGGUGGAGACCAUGUUUCUCCAUACGCCUGAUCGCCAGACACCGUUUGAAGACACCUUGAAGGCGAUGAACGAUGCUUUCGGGCAAGGGAAAUUCAAGAAACUCGGGAUAUCUAACUACUCAGUUGCAGAGGUGCAGAAGAUCCUAGAUAUCUGCGAGCAGAAUGAUUAUGUUAAACCUAGCGUAUACCAAGGGCAGUACAACGCUAUGGUGAGGGGAGGGGAGAAGGAACUAUUUCCUCUCUUGCGCAAAAAUAAUAUUUCUUUCUUCGGCUUCAGUCCUGCCCUAGGCGGACUUCUUUCAGGCCAUGUUUCCAUGUCCAGACGCUGGCAAGAAGAUACUAUUGUCGGGAAAAUGUAUGUUCCAUUCUAUAGUCAUUCUUCUGUUCAAGCUUCUGCAGCAUUCAUUCGAGCUACGGCUCAAAAACACGAUAUCAGCGGCCACGCUGCUGCGCUGCGAUGGACCGCGUUCCACAGCGUCUUGGACGGAGAGUGUGGUGAUGGAUUGAUCUUUGGCGUGUCGAAAAUCCAACAUCUCCAUGAGUCUCUUGAUGCAUUUGAGGCCGGACCGCUUCCGGCUGAACUUGCAGAAGCUAUUUCUGCAAUCUACGAUACAGUCGCUGGUAACGAACCCCCAUUCCACAUUUAG